AUGGCGCUUCCAAAAUUACUAUCGCCAAGAUUCUGGUUCGAUAAAUGUCUAACGCUAUUCCUGCAAUUAAUACUGGCGUUAUUAUUACAAACACUGUACCUUUUGAAAGGGGAAGAUGUUAGAGUAACCGACGUGAAAGUGACCGUUCGUAAAUCGUUGCCAUCUAAAGGUUCCCGAUCAAUAGCAAACAGUCCUCUCAAAUCAACUAAACAAACCACAGUUAAGCAAAAUGGCCUUACGGUUAAGGCAGGUCCAACCACUAAUGAUAAUGAUACCACCGCUACCACAAUUUCUUCUGCUAUCAUCGAAGCCACUUCCAAUCCCCAAGGAGAUUUAAAAUGUACCAAGGAAGUUGAAGAAAAGAUUAUCGGAACCUUGACUGAAGUGAAACCUGCUAAUCUUCAAACCGAAAUCCUAUUAGAGGAGAAUAAUGUGGCCACGCCUAUCACGCCCAUUGAAAAUGAAGUCGUCGCAAAAGGAAACGAAAGCGAGUCUUCCGAAACAAUCUCAUCCGAAAAGAUCAUCUUGGAAGAGGAAUCCGCUACCCCCAUUGUUGAAGAAUCCGCAUCAAUGGAAGAAUCCAAGGAAGAGUCCAAGGAGGAAGCCAAGGAGGAAUUUGAAGAGGAAUCUAAAGAAGAAUCUGCAGCUCUCGAAGAUGAUUCUGUUCAAAGUAGUAACGUUUCAGAAGCCUCAUUGUCACCAAUGUCAUCGCCUACGUUGUCACCAACCGAGGACACGGAAAAAGUUGCACAAUUGGCACCACUUGAAAUGAAAACAUCACAUGAAUUCACACUCUCUAGCGAUGCCACCACCGCUAUUGUUGAAUUCCAUUGGAAACAUGGUGGAACAAACGUAUUUGUCACUGGUGAUUUCGAUAAGUGGCAAGUAACCCAUCAAAUGCAGAAAGAUCCGGUCACUGGACAUUUCACCACCAAAAUUCCAAUUGAUAUAACAAAACAACAAGCAUUCAAGUUUGUAGUCGAUGGAAAUUGGUGUGUUAACAAUGACUGGCCAUCAACACGCGAUGAACAUAAUAAUGAAAAUAAUGUUAUCUACGCUUUUGGAUCAGGUCCAAUGAGCCCAGAAUACAAAGAAUACGUCGUGUCACCAUACACUUAUGCUGCUGCCGCUUACUAA